GCUAAAUUAUCCUGCUACAUGGGACUAUAGCAGUCUGUUCUAGAUUUUUUUCAAAGCCUUGAUUGACUUUCCUUCUCUUCUAGCCAAGUCGGUCACCUGACUUGGUUCACCUGACUUGGUCAGCAGAAGGAACAUCCGUUUAGAAGCACAAUCACUUCACCGGCGUCUCAUUGUCAGUCCAUUGAAAAGAAGAAGGAAACACUUUCAACAUGGCGAGCUUUGUACAGUCAGAAAUACUAGGUACAAUCUUCGAGACUACUACAAGAUAUACUGAUCUCCGGCCAAAAGAGCUGUUAGUAUCUGGUCUCCUCUGUUCCGCAUAUGAUGAGAUAAGGCAGCAGCAUGUCAUCUUGAGGAAGAUAAAAUCCCCUUUCGAAACGAGGUGCAAAUCAAGAGAGGUUCUUCAAGAGAUAGUCUUGCUAAAGCAACUCCAGCAUAGCAAUCUAGUCCUGCUCUGUGAUAUUUUCUUCUCACCUCUAGACAACAUUUACCUUGUGAGCGAGUUCUCAAAGACUAAUCUGACCCAAAUUAUUGGAAAGGGUGGUAUAGACAAUGCAUUUGCCACCUAUUUUGUAUAUCAGAUUCUCAGAGGGUUGAAAUACCUUCAUUCCGCAGGCCUGUCUCACUGUGAUCUUAAGCCGUCUGUGAUCCUUGUUGAUGACCACGCUGGAAUCAAGAUUAGCAAUAUCGAGAUUGAUAGCUCCAGAUGCUGUCCAAUCGGUAGUCGGUUUAAUCACCACUAUCAAGCCCCGGAGGUCAUUCUUGCCUGCCAGCGAGUACACUCAUCAGCCGAUAUUUUCAGUGCGGGGUGUAUUUUAGGUGAGAUGCUUCAGGGGAACGCUAUCUUCGCCGGUGAAGAUCUGAGGCAGCAACUCGAAAUAUUCCGGGACAUACUGGGCUCUCCGCCGGAUUGGAUGCUCGAGAGAUGUUGUGACAGAAAGAUUUGUGACAAGACCUUUGAGAUCGCCAAAGAUGUGUUCAGGCCAGAGUAUCAUGAUUCGCCACGAGUUCCAGACAUGAGUAGUCUUGCUUCAUCCGAAAGCACUGAUACUACACUUGUACUCAAUUUACUCAAAAGCAUGCUGGUGUUUGAGCCCCGAGGAAGGCUAUCCGCUGCCGACGCCCUGGCACAUGCUUACCUUGAGCGAUAUCAUGACCCUACAGAUGAACCAAUCUGCCAGAGGCAAUUUGAGUUAUCGAUUGAUGAAAGGCUGCCUGGAAAUCCAUGGAUGAAAGAAAUAAUAAUAGAAGUCCUCAAACAUCGUUGAUCAAUGAGCUCUGUCACAGUAUUGACAGGUUUUACGGUGCACGUUCGUGCUAAAUUUACGCGGAGUCGCAAAGUAAUAAUCUAGUACUAGCUGAUAAUAAUAGUAUCUACCCCUCAUACGAGCUACAAAU